AUGGUUUUAGACCAGGCAUUGAACUUCAACAAGAUACGGGAGUCGUUAUACAAAGAAGAGAAAGAAUAUAAGCAUGAGAGGUCUGAAUGUCUCAACUUCAUAAGGAAUAACCAACCGAACUUGAGGGUUGACAGUUUCACUGGUGGACCAAGAUACAUAUUUAACAAUUGUAAAGAUGCUUUUGCAAUUUGCAAAUAUGUAGGAUAUCCCAGUUAUUUUGUCGCAAUAACAUGCAAUCCUGAAUGUGAUGAGAUUAAAUGUCUACUAAAGGAUACAGGUCUUAAAGUGGUAGAUCGUCCUGACAUAGUCUCUAGAAACUUUCACAUAAAGUUGAAUGAGCUUAUUAUGAACUUUAAGCAAGGGAAAUUCUUUGGCAAGAUAUCUGCUUAUGUGUGCAUAAUAGAAUUCCAAAAACGCAGACUACCACAUGCUCAUAUUUUGUUAUUCAUGGAUCUAAAUCAUACACCUAAAUCACCAGAUCAAAUUAACAAGUUGAUUUCUGCUGAGAUACUAGAUAAGAUAUGGAGGCCUAAACUAUAUGCAGCAGUAGAGAAGUUCAUGGUGCAUAGAUCAAAGAUUGAUAACGGUCGCUCAAUUUCUAAGAAGAAUGUUGUACUUGACAAUUCUUACAUUGUACCAAACAACCCGUCGCUGCUGUUAAAAUAUGGUUGCCAUAUUAAUGUGGAGCAGUAUCAGACUUCUACAAUAAAAUAUCUUUUCAAAUACGUUCACAAGGGAAAUGAUAGAGUUAUAUUUGCUUUUUAUCAAUCAACAAGUGAUGGUGAUUGUCAACAGGUUGUUGAUGAAAUACAUAAUUAUUAUGAUUGUAGAUACAUAGCAGUAUGUGAGGCUGCUUGGAGGGUAUUUUGGUACAACAUACAACAAAAAGAACCUUCGAUCAUUAGAUUACCAUUCCAUUUACCUAAUGAACAUCCAGCGGUCUUUAAGGAUCAUGAAAACAUUAUUGAUGUUAUAGAAAGGGUAGAUGAGUUACAACUAUCUGAUGAGCAAAUUCUGAAUCUAACUCUUUACAAGAUUGAAGAAAAAUUACAAGCUAAUGGUAGAUCGCUUAAAGAGUAUGAUCAGAUGCCUCUCCCAUCCUUGGAUGCUAUAAAUGGAAUAGAAGAUUGUCUAAUAAUGGACGAGAUGAACUUUGAUUUAUCUGACCUGAGAGAUGAGUUGUUAAGAAACUUACCCAAAAUGAAUUUAGAUCAGCGAAAAGCAUUCAACACUGUUAUUCAGGCUGUUAAUAAAGAUGUUGGAGGUUUCUUUGUAUAUGGAUAUGGUAGUACUGUAAAGACAUACCUUUACAAGACACCUUCAACUACUAUACGUAGUAAAGGUGAAAUUGUAUUGAAUGUGGCAUCCAGUGGGAUUGCAUCCUUAUUAUUCCCUAAUGUUCGUACAACUUAUUCAAGAUUUAAGAUACCACUUGAUCUAAAUGAGGAUUCUGUAUAUAUUCGAAGGUAUGAGAAAUGUUAUAAUCCAGAUUUGCCUUUUGGUGGGAAGGUUGUUUUGCUAGGAGGUGACUUUAGGCAGAUUCUUCCAGUAAUACCAAUGGGAUCACGACAGGAUAUCGUGCUCUCUUCCAUAAACUCAUCAUAUCUUUGGGAAUUCUGCAAAGUUUUGAAACUGACAAUCAACAUGCACCUUACAGUUGGAGCAAACCAAUCCCAACUAAGGCAAAUUUCUGAAUUCGCAACGUGGUUACUAAGUAUUGGUGAUAGUUUGAUAGGUGAUUCAACUGAUGGAGAAAGUGAAGUAACCAUUCCCAAUGACAUCCUUAUUUAG